AUGGCUCGCCUGUCGGCGUCCCCUGUUUCGAGAUCGCUUGUGACACCUCGCCCAAUUCUAAGUCUGUUCGCUUGCCUGAUUUGGGUCGGCCACGUGUGGUGCUCGUUGGCUGCUGCCGCCGAGCCAGUCGCUGCUCCGGCUGCCGACGCUGCGGAAGCGCCUACGAAGGCUCAAAUCGCGCAGUGGAUCGAUCAACUCGACAGCGAUAAGUUUCUGUUGCGCGAAAAUGCCACCCAGAAAUUGAUUUCUGCCAAGCGUGAAGCGAUCCAGCCGUUGGCCGAUGCCGUGCGGACAGGAAGUCUUGAGAAAGCCUUUCGCUGCAUUCACGUGCUACGGGCUUUUGCCAUUGGGGAUGACAUCGAAACCGAAGUCGAAGCUAGUGCCAAACUGGCCCUCAUUGCCGCGACUGAGCAUGAUCGGGUGGCAGCCUAUGCUGGGGACGUGCUCAAGAAGAUUCAGCCUGUUCAGCAGGAACGUGCGAUUCGCAUCUUAAGCAGUCUCGGUGUGAAGUUCACUAGUUUCGGCCCGAUCCAAGGGUUUCAAACGGUCGACGAAGGCCCUGGCGUAUGGAUUACGGACGCGUACACCGGAGAUGCGAAACAUCUGCAUUACCUGCAGCACUUGUCGUUCAUUGAAGAUGUCCAGAUCGAGAACGACAAAGUCACCGCCGACUGGUUUGCCGAGAUCGCCAAGAUGCCCAACGUUCGGCUUCUGACGGUAAAGGAUGGCCCCGUCGAUAUCGAAAUGCUUCGCGAGCUGGAACCGAUCUUGCCAAAGCUGAACUGGAUUCGACUUUAUUACUUGAAUCUGAAGGGGAGCCCUGCCCCGCUGUUUUCCAAGAUGAAUAGCCUCGGUAGUGCCGAACUUUACGGAAUGGUGAUCGACGGCGAAGAGCUUUUCCAGGAUGAGAACGAGCAGCAAAGCAUUAUGGCUGCGUUGCCUGGACGCUUGCCAGAGAACAUUAAGUUUCGCAGCGGUGGCUUUCUAGGAGUUCGCGGUUCCAAUGAUGCUACGCGUGGCCCGUGUGUCGUGCAAAGUGUCGAUCAAGAUACUGGGGCGUACAAAGCGGGGCUUCGUGGCGGCGAUACCGUUACCGAGGUGAAUGGAACGGAAGUCGAAAGUUUCAUGCACUUGAUCGAACUGCUGAAGGACAAAAAAGCUGGCGAUCGGGUCGAAAUGACGACCAUUCGCGGCACUCAGACACGCAAGCUCGACGUGUUGUUGGGGCGAUUGCCCCUACGAUACGGCUCGCCUUCGUGCCGCCAGAAGUGGCACGCGACAAAAGGAGUUGUCGGCCACAUGCUAUCACCUGCCCCUAGAAUUCUUAUUACGCGACUGAGUGCUCUGGGAGAUACCGUCCUGACUCUGCCGGUGCUAUGCGCACUGCGAAAGGAAUUCCCCGCGGCACAAAUUGGUUGGGUUGCCGAGCCGAUGGCUGCCAAAGUGUUGGCCGAUCGUACUGAUCUCAACUUCCUUUUCACUGUUGAAAAAGGUUGGCUCACCAAGCCAGCCGAGAUCAAUCGCCUGCGUCGUGCCUUGUCGCGGCACAAGUUCGAGAUCGUGUUGGACGUACAAGGCCUUACCAAAAGCGCCGCCGCUGGCUGGCUUUCCGGGCGAAAGCACCAAAUCACCUUCACACGCGGGCAAGCGCGAGAACACGCUCCGAAUCUGGCCGGUAGGCACAUCACGCCGAAAUCAACGUACAUUGCCGAGAAGUACCUCGAGCUUCUCCAACCGCUGGGAAUCGAGAACCCAGGGCUUGAGUUUCAGAUGCCAUACGAUGCGGUGGCACACGAAACAAUGGCCAGGCGGAUGCCGGUAAUUGCCUCGGGACGUUAUGCCGUGCUGAACGUUGGUGCUGGAUGGUUCUCGAAGACCUGGGUUCCGGCCCGCUUUGGAGAAGUCGCCGCCGAUCUAAGCAUGCGGUACGAGAUUCCCAGUGUCUUGCUGUGGGGAAACGACGACGAGUACAAGUACGCCGAAGAAGCUGCUGAAACGGCUCGAGCCAUCGCGCCGAAUUCGGUCAGCAUCCUACCGAAAAUGUCGAUCGCCGAAAUGAAAGAAACGAUUCGGCAUGCGAACCUGUUAAUCAGCGGCGAUACGGGUCCACUACACUUCGGUGUAGCCCUCGAAACGCCGACGAUUUCCUUGUUCGGA